AUGACCGCGACCGCAGCCCUCCUGCCCGGCCUCUUGCUCCUGCUGGCCUCCGGGCCCACUGCCCAGGGAGCUGAAUGCUUUCCGGCCUGCCACCCCCAGAACGGAUUCUGCGGAGAUGACAACGUUUGCAGAUGCCAGCCAGGCUGGCAGGGACCCCUGUGUGACCAGUGCAUGACGUUUCCCGGUUGUGCUCAUGGGCUCUGCGUGGACCCCUGGGAGUGUGUCUGUGAGGAAGGUUGGGAAGGAGACCUCUGUGAUACAGACAUCCGGGCCUGCAGCUCAGCUCCCUGCGCCAACAAUGGGACCUGCGUGAACAUGGAGAAGGGGAGCUACCAAUGCUCCUGCGCCCCCGGGUUCUCUGGCAGACACUGCACCAGCCGGGACGGGCCCUGCGUCGUCAACGGCUCUUCAUGCCAGCACGGAGGCACCUGCGUGGACCAGGACGGCCGGGCCUCGCAUGUCUCCUGCCUGUGUCUUCCCGGCUUCGCAGGCAAUUUCUGCGAGCUGGUGGUGGCGGUGGCUGACAGCUGCACCCCGAACCCGUGCGAGAACAAGGGCAUCUGCACCGACAUCGGCGGCGACUUCCGUUGCCGCUGCCCGGCCGGCUUCAUGGAUAAGACAUGCAGCCGCCCCGUGGGGCCGUGCGCCGCUGGGCCCUGCCAGAAUGGAGGCACCUGCCUGCAACAUAGCCAGGUGAGGUACGAGUGCGUGUGCGCCCCCGGCUUCACGGGGCCCCUGUGCGGCCGCCAGCAGAGCCCGGGGCCGCUGCCCAGCGGGGGCCUCACCUACCGCCUGACCCCGGGUGUGCACGAGCUGCCGGUGCCACCCCCCGAGCACCGCAUCCUCAAGGUGUCCGUGAAGGAGCUCAACCAGCGUCCUCCCCUCCUCUCCGAGGGCCAGGCCAUCUGCUUCACCGUCCUGGGCGUGCUGGCCGGCCUGCUGCUGCUGGGCACCAUGAGCGUCGUCUUCUUCCACAAGUGCCAGCCCUGGGUGGCACGUAUGCGCCGCCGCCGCCGCCUGCUGCUGGCCAAGAAGCAGAACCCGCUGCUUCAUUACAGCAGCGGCGACGACGACCUGGCUGUCAACAUCAUCUUCCCCGACAAGACGACCGAUGGGGCCGCGGCUGCUGCCACCAACAUCGCCCUAGUCCCAGCCGUCGAGGAGGAGGAGAUGUGAAGCGCGUCCCCUCGGGCCCCUCGCUCCUAGGGCCGGUGCGCGGUGCCCGCUGCUGGCGCUCGGUUCUUCUCCUGCUGGCCGAGUUUGU